AACCGGCGAUUUCGAAUCUUCUUCUUAAGAGAGAGAGAUCACAAAAAUAUUCUCAUUCUCUCUCAAAACAAGAAAAAAAAAAAAGAAGAAAUAAAACAAUGAAGCGAUGGACAAACUUAGGGUUUGUGGAUACGAUAUAUGAAGAAGAAGACUACGUGGAUCACUCUUCUUCUUUCUCUACUUCUUCAUCAUCUUUGUCUCUUUCUCCUCGACGUCGUUGUCUCAAUCUCUCUUCUUCUUCUUCUCCUUCUAUGGAGCUUGAAUCUAGAGUCCAUAAAUGGUCGUUGGCUAAUAACUCAAAACCGGAUGUGUUCGUAAAUGUGGGAGGCACAAGGUUCCAUCUUCACAAGGAUCCUCUGUCAACAAGGAGUGGCUAUUUAAAACGCCACCUAACGGGCGUUAAAGAAUUAACUCUCUCACCGCCGUUUAAUAUAACGGCUCAAACGUUUUCGUUAGUUGCCGGUUUCUGUUACGGUGCUCACGUUGAACUAACGCCGUUCAAUGUCGUUUCUUUGAGAAUCGCCGUCGAGGUUCUUCUGAUGACGACGGAAGCUGGAGGAGACGGCGGAGGCAGAGAGAGUUUGAGGAACUUGACGGAGUCUUAUCUCCGACGAGUCGUCUUCGUCAACGCUGAUUACAUUCAGAUCGUUCUCCGUUCGUGUCUUCUUCAGCUCCCGGAGUCUGAAACGGCGGCGUUUUUGAUCGGACGGUGCGUCGAAGCUUUGACGGAAUUUGGAGACGUUGACUGCGUUAACGAGUUUCUUGAGGAAGCUGUUAGACUUCCCGCCGGCGAUUUUAGCGUCGUCGCUGACGCCGUGCAGGAGCGCUUCCCGCGCCACGAUUUGCUCUACAGAAUCGUUGAUGCUUACCUUAAGGAACACGACGGAGAGAUCACGGAGGAAGAGAAGGUUCGGAUAUGCAAUUCGAUAGACUGUGACAAACUCUCUCCGCCGUUACUACUUCAUGCUGUUCAAAACCCGAAAAUGCCCCUGAGGUUUAUCGUACGAGCGAUGCUGCAAGAGCAGCUCAACACGCGCCACUCGAUCAUGGCUGCUGCUGCAGUCGCCUCUACUUCUCAUGUUGGAGGCCGUGACCGAGAGAUUGCGGAUGCGAGAGACUCCUCAGUGACGCUCGGGUCGCUUCUCCAGCGGGACACGGCGGCGAGGCAAAACUGUCGGCUAAGAGCUGCGAUGAAUUCCACGAGCUCGAGGAUAGAGAGCUUGGAGAAAGAGCUCGACGCGAUGAAGAAAUUCAUAUCGAAAGAAUCAGAGAAGCAGAAAUCGGAAAAGAUCAUCAUCGAGUCGAGGUCAAGAAGCGUCAUGGAUUCUGCUCGAUCAGCGAGUUUCCAUUGCGUACAGCAAUCGAGUAAUGUAAACAAGACACAGAGAGGCGAAAGAGGAUCAGUUUCAAACCUGAGCACGACGUUCCAGCGAAGUAGAGCAUCUCCUCCGCAACCGAAACCACAGAAAAGUCUCGGUAAAAAACUGAUUAAGGGAAUAAAGAAUGCUUUCUCUACAUCCAACAAACAAGGAGCCAAGAAAAAUGCAUAUGUAGUCGAGGAGAUUUAUGAUGGACUAGAAGAUUUUGUCUGGAUUAAAGACGAGGAUGAUGAAAACAUUGCUGAAGAACUUCACUCUCACUACAUGAAGAACAAAUAGUCUCUCUACAUAACAAUUUCAAAAAUUUCGUAACCUUCUUUCACUAAAAGUUUUCUAGCCUGAUUCUGUGUUUCUUCUUCAAUUAAAUGAGACUCCAAAACUAAUAAUAAGUUCAAAAGAAGAAAGCUCGAUGGACC